GCUCCGCCCACAGGCUGUCUGCGCUCUGAUUGGUUAGCGUCACGGGGACCGAUUUGAAACUUGGCGGUUAAAGCUCCGGUUGGGACAGGGCGGCGGGACACCGGGGAAGACCGGAAAGGGACGUCUGGUUUGAGACGGCGGCGCUGAGGUAGGAUCAUGAAGGAAGAGGCAAAGGGAAUUCCUGUAAGAGUGGCUCUGCGUUGUCGCCCUCUGGUCCCCAAAGAGAUUAGCGAGGGAUGCCACAUGUGCCUUUCCUUCGUGCCGGGGGAGCCUCAGGUGGUGGUUGGCACUGAUAAGUCUUUUACCUACGAUUUCGUGUUUGACCCUUCCACUGAGCAGGAAGAAGUCUUCGACACGGCAGUAGCGCCACUCAUAAAAGGCGUAUUUAAAGGAUAUAAUGCAACUGUCCUGGCCUAUGGGCAGACUGGCUCUGGAAAAACCUAUUCGAUGGGAGGUGCAUACACUGCAGAACAAGAAAAUGAGCCAACAGUUGGGGUCAUUCCUAGGGUAAUACAACUGCUCUUCAAAGAAAUUGAUAAAAAGAGUGACUUUGAAUUUACUCUGAAAGUGUCUUACUUGGAGGUUUACAAUGAAGAAAUUUUGGAUCUUCUAUGCCCUUCUCGUGAGAAAGCACCUCAAAUAAAUAUACGGGAGGACCCUAAAGAAGGCAUAAAGAUUGUAGGACUCACUGAGAAGGCUGUUUUAGUUGCCCUGGAUACUGUUUCCUGUUUGGAGCAGGGCAACAAUUGUAGGACUGUGGCCUCCACAGCUAUGAACUCCCAGUCAUCCCGAUCUCAUGCCAUCUUUACAAUCUCCAUAGAGCAAAGAAAGAAAAGUGACAAGAAUAGUAGCUUUCGCUCCAAGCUACAUCUUGUAGACCUUGCUGGAUCAGAAAGGCAGAAGAAAACCAAGGCUGAAGGGGAUCGUCUAAAAGAGGGUAUUAAUAUUAAUCGAGGCCUCCUGUGUUUGGGAAAUGUAAUCAGUGCUCUUGGAGAUGACAAAAAGGGUGGCUUUGUGCCCUAUAGAGAUUCCAAGUUGACUCGACUGCUUCAAGAUUCUCUAGGAGGUAACAGCCAUACUCUUAUGAUAGCCUGUGUGAGUCCUGCUGACUCCAAUCUAGAGGAAACAUUAAAUACCCUUCGUUAUGCUGACAGAGCAAGAAAAAUUAAGAACAAACCUAUUGUUAAUAUUGAUCCCCAGAUGGCUGAACUUAAUCAUCUAAAGCAACAGGUACAACAGCUACAGGUCUUGUUGCUACAAGCCCAUGGAGGUACCCUGCCUGGAUCUAUGAAUGUGGAACCAUCAGAAAAUCUACAAUCCCUGAUGGAGAAGAAUCAGUCUCUGGUAGAACAGAAUGAAAAAUUAAGUCAUGGUCUGAGCGAGGCAGCUGGUCAGACAGCCCAGAUGUUGGAGAGGAUCAUUUUGACAGAGCAAGCAAAUGAAAAAAUGAGUGCCAAGCUAGAAGAGCUCAGGCAGCAUGCAGCCUGCAAACUGGAUCUUCAAAAGCUAGUGGAGACUUUGGAAGACCAAGAAUUAAAAGAAAAUAUAGAGAUAAUAUGUAGCCUACAGCAAUUGAUUACCCAGUUAUCGGAUGAAACCGUUGCUUGCAUGGCUGCAGCCAUUGAUACUGCAGUGGAACCAGAAACUCAAGUGGAAACCAGUCCAGAGACCAGCAGGUCUUCUGAUGCCUUCACCACUCAGCAUGCUCUCCGUCAAGCUCAAAUGUCUAAGGAGCUGAUUGAGUUGAAUAAAGCCCUUGCACUGAAAGAGGCCCUAGCUAGGAAGAUGACUCAGACUGAUAGCCAACUACACCCCAUUCAGUUCCAGUACCAGGAUAACAUCAAAACUCUAGAACUAGACGUCAUCAAUCUGCAAAAGGAAAAGGAAGAAUUGGUUCUUGAACUUCAGACAGCAAAGAAAGAUGUCAACCAAGCUAAGUUGAGUGAGCGCCGCCGCAAACGUCUCCAGGAGCUGGAGGGUCAAAUGGCUGAUCUGAAGAAGAAACUGAACGAACAGUCCAAACUUCUGAAAUUGAAGGAAUCCACAGAGUAUACGGUCUCCAAACUGAACCAGGAGAUUCAAAUGAUGAAAAACCAGCGGGUACAGUUAAUGCGUCAGAUGAAAGAGGAUGCUGAGAAGUUUAGACAGUGGAAGCAUCGAAAAGACAAAGAAGUAAUGCAGUUAAAAGAAAAAGACCGUAAGAGGCAAUAUGAGUUGCUCAAACUUGAAAGAAACUUCCAGAAACAAUCCAAUGUGCUCAGACGUAAAACCGAGGAGGCAGCAGCUGCCAACAAGCGUCUCAAGGAUGCUCUUCAGAAACAACGGGAGGUGGCAGAUAAGCGGAAAGAGACUCUGAGCCGUGGAAUGGAAGGCACUGCAGUUCGAGUGAAGAAUUGGCUUGGAAAUGAAAUUGAAGUAAUGGUGAGUACUGAAGAAGCCAAACGUCAUCUGAAUAACCUUCUUGAAGACAGAAAGAUCCUGGCUCAGGAUUUGGCUCAACUCAAAGAAAAAAGAGAAUCUGGGGAGAAUCCACCUCCUAAACUCCGGAGGCGUACAUUCUCAUUUGCUGAAGCGCGUGGUCUAGUUUCAGAGUCAGAGGAUUCUAUUACAAAGCAGAUUGAAAGCCUAGAGACUGAAAUGGAACUCAGGAGUGCUCAGAUUGGUGACCUACAGCAGAAGCUGCUGGAUGCAGAAAGUGAAGACAGGCCAAAACAACGGUGGGAGAAUAUUGCUACCUUUCUGGAAGCCAAGUGUGCCCUGAAAUAUUUAAUUGGAGAGCUGGUCUCCUCCAAAAUACAGGUCAGCAAGCUUGAAAGCAGCCUGAAACGGAGCAAGGCCAGCUGUGCUGACACACAGAAGAUGCUGUGUGAGGAACGAAAUCAUUUUGCUGAAGUAGAGACAGAGUUACAAGCUGAGCAGCUCAGAAUAGAGCAACGACACCAAGAGAAGGUGCUGUGCCUUCUCAGCCAACUGCAACAAAGACCAAUGGCAGAGAAGCAGCUACAGGAGUCAGUCAGCGAAAAGGAACAGCAGCUGUUGAACACACUGAAGUGCCAGGAUGAAGAACUUGAAAAGGUGCGAGAAGUGUGUGAACAAAAUCAGCAGCUUCUUCGAGAAAAUGAAAUCAUCAAACAGAAACUGACUCUCCUCCAAGCAGCCAGCAGACAGAAACAUCUUCCUAAGGAUACCCUUCUAUCUCUAGACUCUUCUUUUGAAUAUAUCCCACCUAAACCAAAACCUUUUCGUGUUAAAGAGAAGUUCCUGGACCAAACCAUGGACAUUGAGGAUCUAAAAGAUUAUUUAGAGCAUUCUGUGAAUGAGCAUGAGGAUGGUGAUGGUGACGGUGAUGAUGGGGAUGAUGAGGAAUGGAAGCCAACAAAAUUAGUUAAAGUGUCCAGGAAGAAUGUCCAAGGGUGCUCCUGCAAGGGCUGGUGUGGGAACAAGCAGUGUGGGUGCAGGAAGCAAAAGUCAGGCUGUGGUGUGGACUGCAGCUGUGACCCCGCAAAGUGUCGGAACCGCCACCAAGGCAAGGAUAGCUUGGUCACUACUGAGCGGACCCAGGAUUCCGAAAGCUCCUUCAAAUUGGAGGAUCCCACAGAAGUGACCCCAGGAUCGAGCUUCUUCAAUCCCGUCUGUGCCACUCCCAACAGCAAGAUCCUGAAAGAGAUGUGUGAUGUGGACCAGGUGCUGCUAAAGAAGACUGCCUCAGUUUCCUCCUCCUCUGACCUUCCAGAGUUGAAACAUGUAGCAACAGAAUCCCGAGAAAAAAAGCCUCCAGGGAAAAAAAAGAAACGAGCUCUGGCCAGCAAUACCAGCUUCUUCUCUGGCUGCUCCCCUAUCAAAGAAGAGGCCCACUGAAAUUGGAGUCAUCAUCUCUACCCCCAGUUUGGCUUGGAAGAUGCUUUCAGGUUGCAGCCAGAAGGGGUUUUUUAAUGACUUCUCUGGAUUUCAGGUUUCUUGCUGUUGAUAAAAGAGAUGGAGUGUUAUGGAAAGGAAGGUAACCUUUAUUGGACAUUGGCUGUCAGUCUCCAGCCCCAGACUACUAGUCUCGUCUCCAGAAGUGUGCUAAGCCGCCUACUUAAGAGAGAACAACUGACCUUCCUAAUGACUCAUGAGAAACCAGUCCCCAGUACAAUCUAGCUCUUUGUGAGUAGUUAAGGCUGUCUCCUGAUGGGGAUGAGGCCAAGGCUUUCUUACCUCUGGGUUGUCUUUCUUUUAUGCAUUGUGCUUUUGGUGUCAUAUCUAAAAACAGUCUACCUAACCUAGGGUCACGAAGAUUUCAUCUCAUGUUUCCUUUUAAAGUUUUAUAGUGUUUUUUUUUUGUUUUAUAAUUAAGUCUAUGAUUCAUUUUUGAGUUAAUUUUUGUACAAAGUAUAAAGUGGAAACAGAGGUUCAUUUUUGCAUUUGGAUGUUUAAUUGAUCCCCUACAAUUUCUUGAAAAGAGCAUAUUUUCUCCAUUAAAUUGACUUUGUGCCUUUGUCAAAAACCAGUAGACUAUAUGUGUCUGAGUCUAUUUCUGGACUCUAUUCUCUUCUAUUAAUCAUGUACAUGCUUUUGCUAAUUCCAUAAUGUCUUGAUUACUAUAGCUUUAUAAUAAUUCUUAAAAUUGGGUACUCUGUGUCCUCCAACUUUGUUCUUCAAAUAUUUUUUUCUGAACUAAUUUCAUUUUCCUUUCCUUCGGUACUCCAGUGACAUGAAUGUCAGAAUAUCUGAUACUGUUCCACAGUUCCCUCAGGCUCUGUCCAAAUUUUUUUCAAUAUUUUUUUCUGUGGUUCAGAUUAGAUAAUUUCUAUUGAUCUUCAAAUUCAUAGACUGUUUCCUCUUUUCCAUUCUGCUAUCAAGCUAUUGAGUCUUGGUCUGAUAAGGUAAUACCUGAGUUAUCUUGAACUGGGGUUUGUUGUUUUUUUCCCCUGUGAGUUCCUGCAAUUUUCCUGUUUUUGGUUUUGUUGUUUUUUUCAACUGUUGAGCAAUUUUGCAUUAUAUCCUAGAUGUUUUAGUUGUGUUAUGAGACUCUUAAGUCCUGUUAAAAUCCUCUGGGAAAUGUUGGAGUUUUUUUCUUUGUUUUGUUUUAGUAGAUAGUAGUCCUAGUUGUGUUAAACCAAAAGUCUUGGUCUACCUUCUGUGGGCCAUGGUUCCAAUGUAAUUUCAGUUUUCAAGCUUUUGCUCAGUAUAUGGAUCUCUUUUAUGAGUAUUUCCCCAAGCAGCUAAAUGAGACCUUGGCAGUAUUCUACACCACAGGCCAAUGUUCAACACCUUUGGUCUUGAAGGAGUUCAGGAUAUGCCACCUCAAAUAUACCACUUUGGUUGAAGAUACUUGAAAAACAACAAAUGCAAGGAGAGUCUUCUCUGAACUCCUCUUAACUGCCUAGACAGAUCCUCCAAAAAGAAUUCAGUUGUCAUCAGUUCUCUGCCGUGUUUCAUCAACUGGGGAAGAGUUACUAUUAUCACAGGAGAGGAGACUAGAUACCAUCACCAGACAAACUUUGUCACAGACUAUUGUAUCUCCUAUCUAUUCAUCUAAGAGCCUGUUCAUCUUUCCUAAAAAUAAUUUACUCUUCUCUAAGUUGCCUACGUUCCCUCUCCCCUUUCCCUUGUAAAGAUGGUAUGUAAGCUCCGAAAUCUCACCACUUUUUUGGGUAUUCACUUUUUCCCCCUGUGGUGCCCCCAUGCACAUAAUAAAUCUGUAUAUUCUUUCUCUGAUUUAUCUGCCUAUUGUCAGUCUAUUUCUUAGACCUAGCUCUCUAACCUAGAAGGGUAGUGGGAAAGUCUUUCCUCCCCUGCAGUCUUCCACUUCAGAUUAGUUUCACACAUGAACACCUUGGGGAUGAUCCUAGGACUCUUCAACCUUCCUUGUUCUCCUCCUCUCCAAAAUCUCCAUAAUACCCUCUGGUUCUCAGAGCUCCUUCUCCUGGUCCUCUGGCCGAAAUACCUGGCCAGGUGUCUGAGUACUUUUAAUCUUCCUGUGCUGUCAGACACCUCCCACAAUGGGAUCUCUCUAUGCUAUGGUCUGAAUGUUGGUGUCCCCCUUUUUCUUUUUCUUGGGUGGAGCCCUCAUGAAUGGGAUUAGCACCCUAUAUAAGAGGCUUGAGGAAGUCCCUUUGCCCCUUCCAUCACACGAGGACACAGAAGACACCGUCUAUGAGGAACAUGCCCUCACCAGACACUGAAUGUGCUAGUGCCUUGAUCUUGAACUUCCCAGCCUCCAGAACUGUGAGCAAUACAUUUCUGUUGUUUAUAAAUUGCCAAGUCUAAGGUAUUUUGUUAGAGCAGCCCAAAUGGACUUAGGUAAUCUUCAAGGCAAAUCAGCAAGCUGUUAUAGUCACUGCCUACAGGGUGGGUGCAGCUUUAGAACUGGGGCCCUACAGAGCAAAUAGAGGAAAAUGAAAACAAAAACAGAAUAUUUCCCAUUCUCUUCCAUCUCCAGAGGGUCCUCUUCCCAGUCAUCUUAUUAAAGAGAGAGGUUAUCUCUUGGCUGUGCCUUUUGCAAUGUUCCAGAAUUUGGGUCCCCUUGAGAUAAUAGAGGGGAAAAAAUAUGAAACUCACCAUUUUGUUGGUCUUUCUUUAAGUUUUGAUUUCUUCCACAAUUUGUCUGCUACUAUUUAUUACUUUUAUUAUUUACUAUACUAAUCUCAGUUAUUUGUUCCAUGUAUUCUGUCCAGGGUUUUUGUUGUAGUCAUUGGGAGAAAUAGGGUAGAGUAUGUUAUGGCAUCUUAACCUGAGCUGGAAAUUGUACCUUUUGAAAUAGUUAAAAUUUACUAUGUUGGUAUGACCUAUUGAGAUAUACUUAAAAGUUUUAUGUUAUGUAGGCUGUAUUGCUUUAAGCGUAUUUGAAUCAGAACUUAUCUAGCUUGAAAGUAAUAUCUUGUGGUAACAGGCACUUUCACUUUUAUAAGUCUUUUUAUAAACUGCUUAGACUUUUCACAAAUUAUCGCAAUGCUUAAAGUCAUAUGAAUAGACAUUCUCUCUGCAUUAUAUCAUAGAAUCAAACUUGUGGUACACAGCAGUAAGGAGCAAAAAUUGUUGUCCUGGUCUUCAUUUUAAAACACCUGAAAAUUUAAUCCUGAAUAUAUAAAGAGUUGUUAAUAGGUAAUUGUUAACUGUGACUGGUAGAAGACUAUUGUCUUAAACUGCUAUAAAGAGCACCUAGGUGUCUGAGUAGUAUAAAACAUUGACACUUUAAUUUGGGUGUUAAUAUAUACAUUUUCUCAUUCUUUUCUUAAUUACUAUUGGAUUUUCUAUUUCCUACACUUUGUGUGUUUGUUGCAGAGUUCAUUUUAUGAAUACUUUGAGUUGGUUAAAAUCAGAUAUAUUGGCUAAACAUUAAUCUGCAUUUUUUCUGGCCUCACUUGAAAUGUACUACAACUUUACAUAAAAUCAAUUUACAUUGACUUUGUUUUCCCAAUUUGCUCAUGGUAAAAGAGAAAGAUAAAUAAGUAAAAAUUUAAAACCCUAUUCAUAUUCUUAGUUUUUGUUUGAAUUGUCAGCUUAUUCCACAAGUAUUUGGGGGCACUUUCCUAUUAGACUUCAGCCCAGUCUGGGUAACUAAUUAGUAGCUGAAUCUCUUUGAUUCUCAGCACUCAUCAUUCUCUUUGAAGUCCAGCUGUUGAUACCAAGCAGUUUGUUAAACCUUUAUCCCAGUGGAAUGAUACCACAACAAUUAGUCUAGCUUAAAAAGCAAGGGUAAUCUUCAUGACCUUGGAUUUGGCAAUAAGGGUUUACUAUCCAAAAUAUAUAAGGAACCCUUAGAA